AUGGGGCUCCUCGACUCACAUUUGGAGCAAAUUGCGCUCUCGUCCGCUGCUAUUGCUGAACUACCUUUUCCUCCGCCCCGCAUCUUCACGAACGCGUUGCUGGGUUCCCACGAUAUUACCGCAUUAAUCCGCGACACGGAGGCGCAUGAACGCGCUCUUUUCCAGGUCGAUCCAUCUUCCAAGACCCAGGGAUCGCAGCGGCGAGCGAUCCGAAGGGGAACUACUUUCCCCGCAGAGUCCGAAUCCGAGUCCAUGGCCAGUCGAAUCUACUCGGUCCGAAAUAAUCGCAACCAGUCCGCAGUGGCCCGGGUGUUGGGCUCAGAUAUGAUGGAGGAAAUUAAGCGGUCAGCAGGCACUUCGACACGAGGUCCGCGAGGGGAGGUGAACAUUGAGGUUCUGCUUCGUGGAGCAGAGAUUCUAUGCAACGUGUACCCUGUAGCAGGUGCACAAGAAAAGAUUGCCAGCCUACGCUAUCGCCAUGAGAUUGUUGCUGAAUCCAUUGCUCGCCUAGAAGAUCGGGUGGCCACUAACGCAGCUAAGCUGGAGCAGAUGCGACAUGGUUACGAAGACGACGAAGAUGAAUAUGCCUCUCCGUCCCAACCGGACAUUCCUGAAGUUACUGACGCAGAGAUCGAACGGGAAUUGGCUGAAAUCAGAGAGCUGGAACGGAAGAAAAGGUCCUUGGAGGAAAGGGUCACGGGAAUGGAGCGGGACCUCGGCGGUCUGAUGGGCUGA